UUCCCAGUGUCUGUUGCCCUCUGAGAGGCAGGCACUGCAAAUCCUCUACACACAACGCACACAGAUCGGCUGCCCAGGUAGAGAUCCAGGCAGGCAGAAGAUCCAGAAGGACACAAGCUGAGACCAACCCUGAAGCCGCAGCCUCCCCCUUGCUCUCCACCAUGCAGGUCUCAGCAUCGCUUCUGUGCCUGAUGCUAACAGCUGCUGCUGUCAGCGUCCAGGUGCUGGCGCAAGCAGAUAUGAAAGACACCAAUGAGACCCCUCUUGCUUGCUGUUUGACGUUAACCCACCGCAAGAUCCCCUUGAAUUAUCUGAAAGGCUAUGAGCUCACCAGUGACAAGUGUCCCCUGACGGCUGUCAUCUUCAAAACCAGGAGAAACAUACAAAUCUGUGCUGACCCCACGAAGAAGUGGGUUCAGCAUGCCAUGGUUUACCUGAACGAUCUGAAGACAUGAGCUCUCCUCUCCACUCACCCAGACCCAACCUGAGGGUGAGAAGGGAUGACUCAGUUCUGCCCACCUGCCCGUCUGUACUCUGGAAUAACUUUACCACAAUUUUCAAAUAGAAAUUUUCUGAUUUUUCAUGCAAAAUGUA